AUGUCCCGUAAGGUGAAGGACUCCAUGAAGUCGUCCAAGAUGUCCCUGACGGAGGAGGAGGAGACCACAAAGUCGCCCGAGACGUCCCUGAGAAAGGAGGACGCCAUGAGCCUUCUGUGCUCCCUCUCGGAGGCGAAGAAGAUGAAGGUGCCCGUGAAGCGCAGGAAGCGGCGUGCCGUCGGGCUCACUGGCACUGGGGCCUUACUCGGGGGCCUGGCCGGAGGCCCGCCGGGACUGGCCCUUGGGAGCGUUCUCGGGGGGCUCUUAGGGUCCUUGUCGUGGAGCACGGAGUUUAAGCCUGUCAGUCACAUCCUGAAGGAGCUGCCGCCUCCCGAGCAGGAGAAGCUCUGCAACCACGUUGUGGCCAAAAUCGGGAACCUGCAGUGGAGGGACGUCGAGCACCUGACCAAGCUGGUCAUGGGCAGCGAGGCCCUGCAGGAGCAGCUGCUGAAGCUGCUCGAGGGCUACGUCACCAAGGAGCUGAAGACCUCAGUGAAGUACGGCGACUAGGCUCAGGGCGGGGCCCUAACCCGGGGG